GUCAUCGAUAGAUUCAAGAUGGCCAUGGUGCAUUACAGAAGAGAAAAUUCGGAACAUUUUAAUUGGAAUUUUUGAUGGUAUACACAAUCGUAAACCCGUUGCAACGAAUUGGUUCCCAUUUUUGGUGCUUAAUAUAAUCAUCUCUCUCGCUAACGCUGAGAACGCCACGCAAGAAGGUUGAAAAACAAAAUGACAUUUUUCGAUGCAAGCUGAUUACGCGAAGAAUCUUCGAUGUCAGCGGGGAGGAUGAUUUCCUUAGUUUUUUGGCGAUUUCGCCAGUAAUUGAAGGGAAUUAACCGGCCUAUUAUUCGAAUGUCAAGUAUGACUUCUCAUUUAAAUCGAAAACGAAGCUCGUCUGUUAGUUUUACAAGGGCUAAAGAUGAUAGUGAAGGUGGAGCAGACGAAAUCCAUAUAUCUUUAGCACCAUAUAUACAAACAUAUUUGGCACAUAGUGGUCAAGGUCUCGGAUGUUGUGGAAUUAGCCUUCCAGUACCAUUUGAACGUGCAGCGCCAAGAUCUUGGUGGAAUCCGAAAUUCGAUUCAGAAAUACUCGAAGAACAAUUCAAAAGAAGUGCCUUUCCACAAAUUAGAUUAAGAUUCCGAUAUGCCCUAACAUAUAUUUUGUUGGUUUCUUUAUCGUGGUUGGCGUAUUUUGUUAUAAUCGGAACAGAAUAUAAUACUACAACAUGGCCAGCCAUAACAGUAGUGUUCACAAUUAUUGGAGCAAUGGUAUCGGUGGUCUUGUAUUUAACACAUACAGAUUAUUACAAGACGUAUGUGCUGCAGAUUUCACUAGGAGUCGCAACUGUUCUUUGCAUCUUGUCUUUACUUUUCCUUGCGAUAGUACCGCCUUACGUAGAUGGCCUAACUCUAGUCGGACAUUUUGCACUGUGCUCUGAGAUUUUAUUAUUGAUUUACACUGUGUUGCCAAUGCCGUUGUAUAUUUGCGUGGGUAUAUCAACGAUUUAUUCCUUUCUGUUCGAAUUUUUAACCGCCUACUUGUAUGGUACAAAAACUGCAAGGGACAACUUUUUUAGUAAGCAUAGUGUACCAAUUAACUCUAUGGAGAAUAAUACUGUAUUAGAUUACACCAAGAUAUUGGGUAAUUUCAGUAACAGUCAAUUUUCAAAUGUGAUGCACAAUAACAACGAAUAUACAAGUGUGAAGGCAGUACCAUAUUCUCAGGAUUCAAAACUAUUAUCCAACAUGCUCGAACUGAAGUCAUUUUCCCAAGAAACUAUGAUUGGAAGAUUGUCUGAGGCCAUAAACAAUACGAAUGUUUUAAAAAACUUGAACUCCAGCAUAAUAUCAACAUUAGCCAAUGUUAAUUCCACUAUAAAUGAUUCUUCUAAUGAUUUGAUUUCCAAAGGCAUAAAUAGUACAACCUCUGUAUUGGGAGAGAAUGUGUUGCCUCAUAAAAGUGAAGAAAUGUCAAGUUAUUUUUUAAGUAGCAACAUAUCCAGUAGUCCAUUCUCAGACGAUUAUUUUUCUACGAGUCUCGGUAUAAGAAUCUUAAUGCAGAUCUGCAUUCAUCUGAUAGGUAUUCAUAUUUUAAUAAUGACUUUUGUACGAAUGCGUGGUACAUUUAUGAAAGUUGGCCAGUCAUUAUUAGUCCGGCGUCAAUUAGAAAUGGAGAAGCAACUCAAAGAAAAAAUGAUUCAUUCGGUAAUGCCACCGAAAGUUGCGGACUGGUUAAUGGAAGAAAGUGAACGUGAAAGGGAGCGUGAAGAUUCUUUGAAGAAAGGAUCUAUACCGUCCAACAAUACGGAUAUACGUUCACUGUUUCGCCCUUUCAAUAUGCAUUCAAUGGAAAAUGUUAGUAUCUUAUUUGCUGAUAUUGUUGGAUUUACUCGAAUGAGUUCCAAUAAGACUGCGGAAGAACUGGUAGGGAUUUUAAAUGAUUUGUUCGAAAGAUUCGAUGAUCUGUGUGAACAUCACGGGUGUGAGAAAAUUUCUACUUUGGGAGACUGUUAUUACUGUGUAAGUGGAUGUCCAGAACCAAGGCCUGAUCAUGCAAAAUGUUGUAUCGAAAUGGGUUUAGCUAUGAUAGAAGCUAUAAAACAGUUUGAUAUUGAGAGACGAGAGGGAGUUAAUAUGAGAGUUGGAGUACACACUGGAACUGUGCUAUGUGGUAUUGUAGGUACCAAAAGAUUUAAAUUCGAUGUUUGGUCCAAUGAUGUUACAUUAGCAAAUAAAUUAGAAAGCACAGGAAAACCAGGAAGGGUUCAUUUAAGUGAAAAUACAUUGAGUUUUCUGAAUGAUGAAUAUAUUACAGAAGAAGGAGAUCUGAUAAAUGGUAUAAAGUCUUAUUUUAUCAAAGGUCGAAAAAUAGAUUUUACCAGUCAAUUCAUAACGAAUAUUGUAUCUCCAAAGAGUAUAUCUCCUUUGAUGCAGUCGCGUCAUCGAUUGGCCUCUUGCAACAGUCAGUCUAAAUCGAAAUAUCAUUAUCUUCAUAUGGUUACAAAUGCAAGUAAUUAUAGAAUGAAAGCAAACUCCUUGCCGAGUAUCUUAGACUCUGAAAAUGGAGAUACCGAUACUACGGAUGAAAAAGAAAACGUGAAUAAAAGUCCAAUAUCCGUUGCUAGUUACGGAAAGAAAAAAACGCGGAACAGACCGUGGAAAUAUUUGCAACGACAACGAACUACGGAAGAGAUGACUCCAUUAGAAAUGGAGGAAGCCAAAGCAAUUAUUGCCGAACGGUCGAAAACAGAAUCUCAGUCGUUUGAAGAUCGUAAUGGAUUUAGGCAGAAUACGUCUCAGAAUGACAUUGAAAUGGAUCCAAACCCUGUACCUUCUAGUCCUUUAUUAUCUGGUCAAGAGGAACUUAGUCGUGCCUCUUCGAUGUGUAGUAGAAAAGAUUCUGGUAUUAGAAGUAAUAGCAGACGUAGCAGUAUACAGCAACAGUUGUUUUUGAUGAACGGUAUGGCUCAGGGAGACUUACUGGCACACAGAGUGAGUGGCUAUUAUACUUCUAGUUCGACAUUGAACUCUGUUCAAGAGCCAUCGUCUUCAGUACCACCCUAUCCGUUUCCUCCGGCAGUUACGGAUACUUUUGGUGCAUGUUUUCAUAAGUUAAGAAAACAGUCUGAUCUACAACUAAUUAGAUGCGUUCAAGAUAACGUAAGCUCUCAACGUUCGUACUUUGUGAAACCACCACUUUCCAGUGUGACUCUUUUCUUCAAGAACAAAGAAAUGGAAAAGGAAUACAGAGAGAAUGCUCAUAAAGUCAGCGAAUGUAUCAGUGGUAAUCCGCCUACGUUGGCUACCUCGAGGUUUAAUACGUAUUUUGAUAUUUUAAUAUCGGCGUUAGUGUACACUGCCGUUUCGGUCUCACUCUUUUUACUUUGCGAGCCGACGUUAUACUAUCUGAUCUUUUUCGUAUGUGCCACUACGAUUCAAAUUAUAGCGGUGUCACUUUGCGUCCGUCAACUUCUGUAUCCGAAUCUGGUCCACGCAACUUUAAUACAACAAAUAUUUAAAUUCUUUUCGCAAUGGUAUCCGUGGCACAUUUGUGGCGCGAUUCUGGUCGGUUUACCGAUCACGUCUAUUCUGCUCAACUAUACGUGCAGCAACUUUCAUCAUUUGAACAAUUUCGAAUACUAUUACGGUUACCUGAUUUUCGUCGGUUUAGUUCAUUUCUGUAAUUUCACGCAACUCAAUUGUUGGAUGAAGAAUUUCCUAGUAACGUUUAUGGGCGUGCUUUUUCUUCUUCUUAUAAUAAGUCACAUAUCGUACAAUCGAGAGAAUCUCGGUAAUCGAUUUAUCAACGACUCGAUGCAUUAUCUACAGCCUCUGCAAGAUCAACACGUCGUUAACUUAACCAUGAAUCGAUUCAACGAAACUACUAUGAAAGAAGUGUUCAACGGUGCUUCUGUCCACGCAUCUAAAAUCAUUCUGAUGAGACAGCGAGAGGCGGAGAUCAGAUACAACGAAAGAUUGUACAAUUCCGAGAUUUUUUUAGACAUGAUACUUCUGCUGUUGCUAGUUUGGUUUUUAAAUCGUGAGUUCGAGAUCAGUUAUCGGUUGAGCUUCCACGGGAACGCGGUAGCGGCACGGGACAAAUGCCGUGUACAAUCGAUGAAGAAUCAGGCGGACUGGCUUUUACACAAUAUUAUACCGAAAUAUGUCGCUGAUCAGUUGAAAACCACCGCAAAAUAUUCGCAGAAUCACAAGGCCGUGGGGAUCAUUUUUGCGAGUAUAGUGAACUUCAAUGAACUCUAUGACGAGUCCUAUUUAGGCGGUAAAGAGUAUUUACGUGUGCUGAACGAACUUAUCGGCGAUUUCGACGAGCUUUUAGAGAAACCGGAGUUCUCGAACGUGGAGAAGAUCAAGACCAUCGGUAGCACGUUCAUGGCAGCGAGCGGCUUAAAUCCGCAAGUCAGGCAGCAAAGUGACCACGAACAGGCGCAUCUUUUCCAGUUGAUGGACUUUGCUACGGCUAUGCAUAAAGUAAUAUAUGACUUCAACAGAGAUCUGUUAGGUUUCAAAUUAAUUUUGAGGAUCGGUUUUAAUUACGGGGACGUUACCGCCGGCGUGAUCGGUGCUACCAAGCUGUACUACGACAUCUGGGGUGACGCUGUAAAUAUAGCAUCUAGAAUGGACUCGACCGGAGUCGCUGGAAGGAUACAGGUGGCCAAGAACUCGUUGGAUAUACUCGCGGAACAAUACGAAUUCGAGCCGCGUGGCCAAGUUUAUGUUAAGGGAAAAGAUAAUAUGGACGUGUUUUUAUUGGUAGGGAAAAAGGACGAUAUUAAUGCGAGCCCAAGUGCUUCGGAACAUGUCUCGGACGCCUAA